UUUACGGUCCGCUAGAGGAUUAUGGGAAUAAGGACGCAUGUGGGGAUUCUACUGCCAGGUGCAGAGUGGAAAUGGCCAGUUUUAAGUUUAUCGAUAUCGGUAUAAACCUGACAGAUCCCAUGUUUCGAGGGAUCUACAGGGGAGUUCAGAAACACCCAGAUGAUUUCAUGCAGGUUGUUGAAAGAGCCUUCAAGGCUGGAGUUAAGAAGUUAAUGAUCACAGGCGGGAACCUUGAUGACAGUCGGGAAGCUUUGACGCUGGCAGAAAGUAGAGAUGAGUUUUUCAGCACGGUGGGGUGCCACCCGACCCGGUGCAGUGAGUUUGAGCAGAACGGAUCGGACCAGUACCUGACGGCGCUGAGAGACCUGGCCGUGGCCAACAGGGGCAAGGUGGUGGCCAUCGGGGAGUGUGGCCUUGAUUUUGACAGGCUGGAGUUUUGUCCAAAGGAGACUCAGCUCAUGUAUUUUGAGAAGCAGUUUGAUCUUGCUGAAGACUCUAAGCUGCCAAUGUUUCUCCACUGCAGAAACUCACACAAGGAGUUCUUAGAUAUCAUGCGGAGGAACCGGGACAGAUGUGUCGGAGGGGUGGUGCAUUCGUUUGACGGAAGCAAAGAGGAUGCAGCGGCUAUUGUCGAUUUGGACCUGUACAUUGGGAUCAAUGGCUGCUCUUUAAAGACGGAAGCAAAUCUUGAAGCAAUGAAAUCCAUCCCGACUGAAAGGUUGAUGAUUGAGACAGAUGCUCCUUGGUGUGGGGUGAAGAACACGCAUGCAGGCUCUAAGUUCAUCAAGACCACUUUUCCUACCAAGAAGAAGUGGGAGGCAGGGCACUGUGUGAAGGAUAGGAACGAGCCCUGUAACAUCAUUCAGGUGCUGGAGAUCAUGGCAGCUACUAGAGAAGAGGACCCUUUGGAAAUGGCCAACACUAUUUUCAACAACACGACAAAAGUUUUUUUCACUGACAAUUGAUUUUAUAUAUAUUUAUUGUAACACAGUGUAGUUUUUCCAUUACAUGAUUUAAAAUACUCUCAAUUCUGAGACUUUUAUAAUAACACAAAUAUUCUAAAUGUCGAGUUUCUUGUCCCGAAUGAUAUGACGAUGGCGGAUUGUAUCCCUCUGUAAUAUAUUCAUAAUAUUGAAGGCCAGCAAUAAAUAUUUCAUAAUAUA